AUGCUAAUUAUUGGUGAUCGAGUUGAAGUUGGUGGUGAUCGAGGGACGAUAAGCUAUAUUGGUACUAUUGAGGGAUAUGAUGGAGAAUGGAUUGGUAUUGACUGGGACAAUCCUGAACGAGGGAAGCAUGAUGGUUCUGUGAAAGGAAGACGAUAUUUUCAAGCAAAUUCUGCGAAGAGUGGUUCAUUUAUUCGAUCCAACGCAAUUAACGAAGGGAAAAAUGUGUUAGAAGAAAUGACCAACAAAUAUAUCAAUUACAAGCAAUACGAUACAGUUAAAUUUGGAUCGAAGAAUGUGGAUCUUGUGAACAUGGCGAAAAUAUACGGAAGGCAGAGCAAUCUAUGGGAAUUACGAGUUGUAGCAUUAGAUAACAUGAAAGUCUCAAAAGCUCCACCUACCAGUUGCACACCUUUCAUGUAUUGCACUGAACUUAAUCUCUAUAACAAUUUAUUAUCACGGUGGUGCAAUUUGUUGGAUAUUCUGCGCUUCUUUCCCUCAUUGCGCUCUCUUAUUGCAAGCCACAACUAUAUGGAGAAAGAAAUGAAAUCAGUCGUUGAUGAACAAAUAGUGUCAGCUCCAAUCAAUACUUUAGCCCUUGGAGAAUGUCGUAUUGAUGGAAGCACGGCCCAACGGAUUAUGCAUUUCUUCCCUCAUGUACGAGAAAUUCAUUUGGAUCGAAAUGACUUGAAAUACUUCGAUCCAGGAGAAUAUGGUAAUAGUUUAGAAAGCAUUGAUUUAGAGGGAAAUCCAAUCGGCAGUUUCGCUAGUCUUCAUGUUUUGUCGACUUUACCGAAUCUUCGAAAGCUUAGUUUGGUUAGUUGUGGUCUCCGUCAUAUCUACCUUCCAGAUGGCGUUGGAUUCAGUUCAUUGUCUUCACUCAACAUUAAAGGCAAUCCUAUAAAAGAUAAGCAGUGGAUUUUGGAAUUAGCCAAACUCCCAAAUUUGGAAAGAUUGUGUUAUUCUUGUUCUGGUGAUGAUAAUGCUGAUUCUGCAAUUGAUUUUCGUGAUAUCAUUAUUGCUAGCAUACCUCAGCUCAAAUUCUUGGGUAAUUCGGAAAUAAGUUCCAUUGAAAGGCUUUCUGCUGAAAUGCGUUUUAUCAAUAAAUUCGGUGCAUCUCCGGUGACAGAAGAGAAUCGUGCUAUUGUGGAAAGAUUAAUCAAAACACAUGGUGACCCAAAUGGUUUUCCGUUCGUGCCUAGUGGUGGAAUGGGUUUAUUGAAAUUAAGGUUAUCGUAUGAAGGAAAAGUCAUGGAACGUUCACUUCCUGGAACAGUUACUGUGCAAAAGUUAAUCGGUAUUAUAAGUCGACUUUUUCAUUUGGAUGCCAGAAAGAUUUCACUUCAAACUCGUGACUAUCGCGGUUUUAUAAUGAAUUUGGAUAAACCGUCACGAUCAUUGGAUUUUUAUUCAUUGUCUGAUGAGGAUAUUAUUUAUAUCAUGGUUGUGUGA